UGUUCUUUGUCCCCCAGGAAAAGCAGACGCCUAUGUGGAAGUUUCUAUGCCAGAUGUGGUAGAAGCAGAAGUUGGGAAAACAGCUGUAAUUAACUGCCAGUUCUCUCUCCCAGAGAACACCAGCUAUGCUUACAUCAACUGGUUCUCUUGGGAAAAAGUCUCACGGAAGAAAAUCAUCUACAUGAUCCAAGACAAGGAAUACUGGGAAGAAGACCAGUACAGGGACCGUCUGAACAUUGCCAAGAACUUUUCCCUCAUCAUCAGGAGGGUGACUCCGCAAGAUGCAAAGAUUUACAUCUGCCAGGUGGGGCUCGGCAGCCUCGGCGUUAGCGAGAACCGGACCAAGCUGCAGGUCUCGAAAGCCCCAGAAGCACCUGAGGUUCAGCUGGUGGAAGGCGGAUUGAGGGCCUCCGACCCCGAGGUUCAGAAGAUAGCGACGUGCGUUGCCCACAACGGCUUCCCGGCUCCAAGCAUUGCGUGGUACAAGAACGGGGAGCACCUGCGCCCCAAAGAUGGAGAAAUAGGGGUCCACGCUACCGUCAUCACGGAAUCCAGUGGGCUGAUCACCGCCCGCAGCAUGCUUUCAUCACGAGUCAUCAAAGAGGAUCACGAGGCCCAGUUUCACUGCCAAGUUAAUUAUACGCUGAUGGGGACUAACAAGACCGUCAUGUCAGAGAGCUUCAGAAUCAACGUUUAUUAUCCCACCCAGAACCUCAGUUUUGUGCUUGACCGACCGAACCAAGAGGUGAAGGAGGGGGACAACCUGACCUUGCUCUGCGAAGGCGAUGGGAACCCACCCCCGGAAUACACUUUAUUCAGGACGGAGGACAGCACAUACUCGCCCCCAGACGGGAAGCUGUCCUUCCCCAGCGUCGUGAGGAACGACAGCGGUCUCUACUGGUGCAGAGCCCUUGAUUUGCAGACUCUUGAGGAGCUAGUAGCCUCCGUGGACCUGUUGGUAAACUACCUCGACGUGCCCUCCAUCUUCCCCGCUGAGCCCCAGGAACCAGCUGCUGGGGAAGACCUGCUGCUGACCUGUUCCGCAACAGGGUCCGGCCCCUUGAAAUUCCAGUGGCAGCAGGGAGGGAAGCCCAUUGCGGACGGUGCCAUCCUGAACUUGACUAACCUCUCCUACAAGAAAACGGGUAACUACACCUGCAUGGUGACGAUGCCGGACUUCCCCGAUUUGGCACGCACCAGGCACAUCUCGGUUGCUGUUCGAGCAAGGCCCGAAAAAGCGGUGCGCAAGCAGACGUUGACAGUGCAGGAGGGGGAGACGGUGGACCUGACGUGCAGCUUCUACUCGGUGCCUCAGCUCAACAUCACCUGGAGUAUAAGUAACGAGACGGUAAACCCAACCAGAGAGAAAUACCAGUAUAACAGCACUCUCUCAGUUUUGGUCACCAAGGAAGUCCUGAAACAGGAUAUCCGCUGCACUGCUCAAAACGAGUUGGGUAUGGCGGAGCAGUCCUUCGAACUCCGGCCAGAAACAAAACACCAUCCUGACAAGAUCGAAACCGUACCGCAGGAGAGCAAAGGGGUGAUCAUCGUGGCUGUCAUUGUCUGCCUGCUGGUCAUCGCCACCCUGGGGGCCGUCCUUUACUUCCUGCACAAGAAAGGCAAACUGGCUUGCGGACGGUCCGGAAAGCAAGAAAUCACAAGGCCCGAAGCACAUAAAGACGAGAUUGUAGUUGAAGUAAAAUCAGAUAAACUUCCCGAAGAGGCGGGCCUUCUGCAGGGUGCCAACGGUGAGAAGAGAUCGCCAGGUGACCAGGGAGAGAAAUACAUCGAUCUGAGGAACUGAAGAGAGAGCUGGCCAUUUCCUUCAGAUUUUCUCCUGCCCCCUUUAAACAUUCCCCCCCACCCACGUCAUUCAGACAUGCAGUAACCGACGCACAGGAUGGGCCCAGGAAAUCUUGCCUUCUGUCCUUUCAAGGAUGAUGUGAUUUUUCGGAGAAGUCGACAAGAAAGGAAAGGUGGUUGGAUGCAUUGUUAUUUCAGAGCAUUUGUGUUAAGGAGAUGGCGGGUAGGCAGAUCUGUGCCGUGCAGUGUACAUUUUGUGUUUGCAUUCCAGGUUUUAGAAGGGAACAAAAGUUUUAAGUUGGCACAAUACUGGCCAAGCCAGGCAGGCCAGAAUUAAACGAUUACACUUUUAACACCCAACUUGUAAAGCUGGAGCACAGCUAAGGGGCUUUGUUUCCAGUAAGAAUGUCAGCAAAGAUGUUCUUUUAAAGGUAUGUGCAAGGAUGGAGAACCGCUGAAGGUCAAGUUGAACAGAAGACUUGGGUCUCAGAGUGAAAAAGGAGGAAGCAAGUUUAAAGUUUUUGUUUAAGGACACUUCUUAGGGAAUUUGUUCUGUUAGUAAAUGAAUACACCCAAGACGCAACAUAAUCUUGCUGGGGGAAAUGUUCUUUCCAUGCUUCUUACUUAUGAUAGGAAUAAGGACAUGUUUUUCAAACUUGGCAACUUUAAGAAUUCUGGGAGUUGAAAUCCACACAUCUUAGAGUUGCCAAGUCUGAAAAACAUCGGAACAAAGGAUUUUUUUUUUUUGUACAAAUUGUAUAGUCACAUAUUUUUAUCAGAGAUCUUCAGUUAGCCCCCUCCUCCCCUCUGCCCAAAAGAAAUCCCCGCUCUAUUCCACAGCUCCUGUCAUACUUUUGGCUAAGACCCUUGGCAGCGCCCACCUCCCCCUUGACUGCAACCAGGGAAAAGGGGAUUGGAGGUGCUUGGGUUUCUGUUCAGCUCAGACGCUCGGAGGAAGAAAAACAGCUGCCACUACCAGAGACUAAAUGCAAAGGAAG